AUUGGCAUAUAUCAGAAGCUAAUGGCGGAGAUUGUGAUUCUUCUAGCCAUUAAAAAGAUUGGAAUUGCCUUGGCAAAUGGAGCGGCACACCAAGCCAGCGCGUUGGUUGGAAAGUACAAGACACAACUGCAGGAGUUACAGCGCAGCAUGGAUCGUGUCAUGAGGGAGCUUCGCGUAAUGCAUGAUUUUCUUUGUCAAAUGGACAUUCGAAACCGCAACUUACAAGUGCAAGAGAGCUGGUUGGGGGAAGUACGAAAAGUAGCACAUUUGAUGGAGGACACGGUGGAUGAGUAUUUGUAUCAAGUUGGUCGGGAACAUGAUAUAGGGUGUUGCUUUUACUUGAAUAAAGGGUUCAAAAAACCAAGAUCUCUGCUUUCUUUGAACAUGAUAGCUUUCAACGUGAAGGAAAUAGAGAAAGACCUUUCACACCUGUAUGAGACAAAAAACCGUUGGGUUCCUGUGAACGGUGGGGAUACUGGCAGCUCAAAUUAUAUCGUCGAGAGGUCCCAAGAUCUAGCAAACAUCUCACGCUCGCUUGAUGAUGAAGAUCUAGUGGGGGUGGAUGAAAACAAAGAAAAACUUGUGAUGUGGUUGGCAGGUGAUGAUCUAGAACGCUCUGUGGUAGCAUUGCUCAGAAUGGGAGGGCUUGGUAAAACAACGUUAGCUGCAAGUGUCUACAAGAAGGUGAGAGAGAAAUUCCAGUGUCAUGUUUGGGUCUCCAUCUCUCAAAAUUAUUCUAAAGAAGAUGUCUUGAGGAAUAUAGUCAAGAAACUUUUUGAACAUAAUGUCAGUGUUCUAUGUAGCACUGUGGCUAUGGACAUCACGUGCCUUGAAGAGACGGUGAAGAAGUUUCUGGAGCAACAUAAGUAUUUGAUUGUGUUGGAUGAUGUUUGGACUCCAGAAGCAUUUGAUGACUUGUCUAGGGCACUUGCUCAAAAUGAUAAGGGCAGUAGAUUGAUUAUCACAACAAGGGAAGGCAGUGUUGCUGCGCUUGCCUCUCGAGGGCAUAUCUUAACAAUGGAAGCUUUACCAGAAGACAAGGCAUGGGACCUCUUUUGUAAGAAAGCCUUUCCAAGAGAUACAAAUCAUGAAUGCAAUGUGGAGUUGAAGCCUUUAUCUGAGGAAAUAGUUAGCAAGUGCAAAGGCUUGCCUCUUGCUAUUGUCUUGUUUCCUGAAGACUAUCUUUUCAAAAGGAAAGAACUUGUACGAUUAUGGACAGCCGAGGGGUUCAUCGAGGAGAGGGGUGAAAGCACAUUAGAAGAAGUGGCAGAAGGCUAUCUGAAGGAGUUGAUUGAUAGAAACAUGCUACGACUUGUUAAAAGGAACAGUUUUGGUAGGAUGAAGAAAUUCAGAAUGCACGAUAUCUUACGUGAAUUGGCAAUGGACUUGUGCCAGAAGAACUGCUUUUGUGUUAAAAAUGACAAUAAAUGUGGGGAGUCUCUUCAGAAGGAUGAUGGGCGUCGAUUGGUGCUGCAUAAACUAAAAAAUGACAUGCAACAACCAUUUUCCAAUAUGCACCAACUUCGAACUGUCAUUACAUUGGGCGGUAGCAAGUCGACAUUGGAUCUACUACCUCGGCUAUGUGAUAAGUCGAGAUAUAUGACAGUGCUAGAAUUAAGUGGUCUACCCUUCGAUAGGAUUCCAAAUGCUAUUGGUGAUCUUUUUAAUCUUCGCCAUUUGGGUUUGCGUAAUACAAAAGUGAAGUUACUCCCGAAGUCUGUUACGAAGCUUUCGAAUUUGUUGACACUGGACCUUUAUAGAUCUGACAUACAUGAGUUGCCUAGUGGGAUUGUGAAACUGAAGAAGCUCAGACACUUAUUUGCUGAGAAAACUAUUGAUCCGGAUUGGAGAGGAAUUGCAUGUUGCCAUGGUGUGUGUAUCCCCAAUGAUCUCGGAAAUCUAACAAACCUGCAGACGCUAUACGCGUUGGAAGCACAAGAUGAGUCUCUUAGACUACUAGGGGAGCUGAGGCAACUAAGGAGCUUGAGGUUAUUAAAUGUGAAAGGAAGCUAUUGUGGACGUAUCAGUGAAUCUCUAGUUCAAAUGCGGCAUUUGUCCUUGCUAUCUGUGAAUGCAAGUGAUGGGAAUGAGGUUCUCCUAUUGAAUGUCCUCCUGCCAAGCCUGCAAAAGCUACGUCUGAGAGGACGGUUAGCAGAAUGGUCAUUGGAUGAGUCUCCUCUCUUCCAAGGUGUAGGCGGGCAGAACUUGUAUGAAUUGUCUCUAUAUUGGUCACAAUUGAGAGAAGACCCCCUGCCAUCCCUUUCCCGGUUGUCAAAUUUGACGUGUCUACAGUUCACAAGAGCAUACAAUGGAGAGCAGCUGACAUUUCUCUCGGGUUGGUUUCCCAAGCUAAAGAUUCUCUUUCUAAGAGACUUGCCUAAUCUGAAUCGGCUAGAGAUACAGCAAGGUGCCAUGGCGAGCCUGGAAAAAUUAUACUUAACCAACCUCAACAGCAUGACUGAGGUUCCACCGGGCAUUGAGUUCCUCCUGUCCCUCCAGUAUCUAACCUUCCGUGAAAUUACCAAUGACUUCUUGUCGGUGCUGCGCGGAUGUUCUGCAAUUGAAGGGACACAGUGGCAGCAUACUCUCCGACGUUGACUUGCCAC